AUGCCGUGCCCCACAUACUUACAAUUAAUUCGAAGCGAAGACUUACUGUUUAUGGAUUUUCUUGAUGAGAUUUGCAGAGAUAAAGAGUACGAGUGCUUGCAAAAUGAAUUGAGAAUUCCCGAUACAAAGGUCAAUACAGUUGGUUUAAAACGUAUCCAAGAGUCAUCAAGAACAAAUCGCCAUGCAAACAUCGAUACACUUUUGGCUGACAUCAAUCUUUUGGUCCGAAGCUACAUGAUUCAUUUUAAAAGUAAAUGUCCCAGAAUAUAUGAAAAAGCCAAAAAAUUCAAAGAAGAAUGCGAAAGGGAAGCUGCUACCAUUGAAAAAUGUUCCUAUUGCUACAAUGCAUGGAAGGAGGACAAAUCAAAAAAACAAACCGCUUACUUCAAACUUGUGUGCCCCAAACCACAUUUGGUGGUAUUCAUGAAAGUCGAAGGAUUCCCAAUUUGGCCGGCUAAACUUUUUUAUAUCAAAGAUGGCCUGGCCAACGUUGAAUGUUUCGGCGAUUAUCUGGAAGAUGACAUACCAAUCAGUCAAUGUUUUCUGUAUUCAAAUAAAAUCCCUCGUGAAAAUUCGAAUGAUGAAACUCAGCAAAGAAAACUCAAUCUUGCAUACAAAGAAGUCGAAAAACAUAUCAAACUUAUAAAACAAAAAUUUGGUUCGUUUGUUCCUGCUCCAUAUAAAAUACGUGUCAGUAAUUUGGAGCAGCAUUUAAAGGACAUGUUCCCGGGUGCUUAUGCACAAAGCUCAAAGACAAGUACUGAACAACCAUUAUUUGAAGGAGCCUCUACGAGCAACUGCUCAACUUCUUCCAGGUGCGAUGCCGGAACGAACAUGAACAAUUCCAUUGAAAAUGAUCAAUGUCCCAAAAAUUCAAAUAAUACUUUGGAUGACCCUGAAGAACUGGAUAAUCAUAACCAUACAGCUGAUGAUGCAUCACCUCCAAUUAAAUCAGGAAAUUCAUUCGAAAUUGAAGAUGUAGUCGGAAAUUAUUCUGGCCAUGAUGGUGCACAAGUCGGUGAUACCGUCGAUUUAACAAUGAUUGAAAACCAUCCAACAAUCGCGGUAAUGACCGAAGGUACACCGGGAAAUGGUCGAAACCAUGGUGUUCGAAAACGUCAACCUCAAGUUGCAUGCAAAAGUUCGGGAGGUCGAGCACCAAGAAUAGAGAAGAAAAGAAGAGCUUCUGAAUCAGGCAAUUCGUCACACACAAUUGAUAAAGGGGAAAUCAUAAUAACGUUGGACGAUUACGAAGAGACAACACCAGACAAAAAAGCGAGAGUUCUCAAAGAAUAUGAGGAAUUGAUUAUAAAAAUACAUAACCACAAAUCAGAGCUAGGAAAUUUAGAGAAACAAAAGGCUUUGCUUAGAAAAUUUCUUGAAAAAUAA